CCCUCGGAGAAAUCAGACACAAAAGUUUCAUCCUUUAUCGAUUUUCAUCAGAAAUUAAGAUUAAAAGUUUGGAUUUUUAGGCUUCUGGUAGUUAGUUUUAUCAGGAAAAUGGUGUAUCAUUGUGUGAUCAAAACUGCUUGAAGAAAUGGGUUUUGUGGUUUGUGUUGGUAAUGCAUCUCUUGCGUCUAUGGAACUGAGGUGGGUAAGAAGAAGAAGCAAAUGUGAUGUUGAUGCUCCUCGUUCCAUACCUGUUUUUAUCUCUACUUUGAAGAGAGACAUAAACCUAGAGGAGCUGAGGCAUUUGUAUUCACGUUGUGACCACUCUUGCAACCGUUUGUCUAAGGAUGGUGGUAGUAGCAUUGUUGACAUGAAGAAGCUGCGUACAGCUAUCUCUCGCAGCGAUGUUGUUGUCUCUGUGUUUUGCAAAUCUCAUCACGUUGAAAAGAGCACCAGUGAUAAGGAUGAUGAUGAUGAUGCUGAAGAAGAGAGGUUGUCUUCUUCCUCUUUGUUUCCUUUAGAUUUAAGGAGACAAAGCAAGGAGGAGAGUUCUUUGGGGCAUAUGUUUCAGGACGUGUUGCCUCUUAGUCCUUCAAGUGGCCAGCUUGUUGGGUUUGGUCGUGCCUAUUCUGACUAUGGCUUGACCGCUUCUAUUCAUGAUCUAAUGGUUUUACCUUCACUACAGCGGAUGGGGAUUGGUAAACUGAUUGUUAACAGGAUUACCAGGCUACUCACAAGUAGAGACAUCUAUGACAUAGCCGCUCUCUGCUUUGAGCAUGAAAGGCCAUUCUUCAAAGCAUGUGGGUUUGCAGAUGACAGGAUGGGUUCCACAACGAUGAUGUUCACAAAGAGCUUAGAGGCCUAAUCUAAAGCGAGAAGAAGUACGUUGGAAUCUUCAAAAAACUACUGGUCAAAGCAAGUUGAAUGAUCUUUAUACAAAAUCUUUUAUGAAUCUCUUUCUCUGCGAUGAUCAGAGAGAAAAAAAGCCAAAGAUUCAGUGUCCUUUUUGCAUUUUUGGAUUUGAUGUCUUGUGACUACUCUUUUUCACUUCUAUCUUGUCGUUUAAAGCAACGAAUAUAUGUUGGAUUCGGACUAUUAUUGCUCUGUUUCGAGAGGUGGAAAUGUACAUAUCAAUUGAAUACAAACUAUUUUGUCAAAAUCUUACUGUUUCGAUAAAUUUUAGUUAUAGAAAA